UAAGGGGCCAGGGAGGGCCUUGGGGAGGGGCCUGGCCAGGACGGCCGGACUUCCGUGACACAGCAAACACAGAAAAGACAAAGUCCAUUUGGAUGGAAGUGGGAGCGGAAAGAGAGGGGCCAUUUUGACUCUGUGGUCAAAGGAAAUGACUGAUCUGAUGGGGUCUGGGAGCCGAGGUGCCCAGGGUCUAAGGAUAACUCGGGGGCCGUGACUGCCAUGAUUCUCACAGAUGAUCCCAGAUUUUGGCAUUCUGAGCAAUGGCAGGUGCCACUGGACUUGUUCUGAAACCCUUUUCCUAGAGGAUGGCCAAGGGGCUCCUGAUGACCUAUGCCCUCUGGGCUGUAGGGGGGCCUGCGGGGCUCCAUCACCUGUACCUGGGGCGGGACAGCCAUGCACUGCUCUGAAUGCUUACCCUGGGGGUGGGGUGGGGGGGUGGCCUAGGCUGGCUCUGGGAAUUCUGGAAGCUCCCAAGCUUUGUUGCUCAGGCCAACAGACCCCAGGGGCAGAAGCAGAGCUCAGGAGGGGACCCUUUGAGUCCCAUUCACUUUGCUGCCCAGAUGAUAGUGGGCAUUUAUUUUGGCCUUGUGGCUCUCAUUAGCCUCUCCUUCAUGGGCAGCUUCUAUAUUGUGGGCCUCCCACUGGCAGUUGGCUCAGGGGUUUUGCUGAUGGCUGCUGUUGGUAACCAGACCUCAGACUCUAAGAAUACUCUAGGAGCAGCAUUUCUUACUUCCCCUAUUUUCUAUGGCCGCCCCAUAGCCAUCCUGCCCAUCAUCUUGGCUGCUGGCAUCACAGCCCAGAAACAUCGCCUCUACAAAGCUUCAGUUGGGUCAGAGACACUCAGUGUGAGGCUCUACUGCUUGGGCUUGGCUUACCUUGCUUUCACAUGCCCGCUAGCGUACAGUGCCCUCUGCAACACAGCGGCCACCCUUAGCUAUGUGGCAGAGGCCCUCGGCUCCUUCUUCAGUUGGUUCAGCUUCUUCCCCCUCCUUGGGCGCCUGAUGGAGUCUGUCCUCCUUCUGCCCUGCUGGGUCUAGAAGCUGCUGGUGGGAGAUCAUGGCUUCAGCAGCGGCUACUUCCAAGAGUGGUAAAAGCUCUAUGAGUUUGUUCACAGUUUUCUUUAG